GGCUGGAUUAAUAUGAAGAGAGCCCAACUUUUUGUAACCUGCCUUAAAUCUUUGACAAACCCUCUCGUGUCAAACCCCAUCUCUUUCUACAUCGAACUCUUCGUUGCCUCUUACGUGUAUCUGCUAGCGGCCGCAGCGAAUCAAUCUCAAACCCUAAUCUCAACAUGGCGACUCAGAUUAGUAAAAAGCGAAAGUUUGUAGCGGAUGGAGUUUUUUUUGCGGAGUUGAACGAAGUGCUGACAAGAGAGCUGGCAGAGGAUGGUUACUCGGGAGUUGAAGUUAGGGUGACUCCCAUGCGAACUGAAAUUAUCAUUAGAGCCACUCGUACUCAGAACGUUCUUGGUGAGAAAGGUAGGAGGAUUAGGGAGCUGACUUCAGUUGUUCAGAAGCGUUUUAAUUUCAAGGAGAACACUGUUGAGCUUUAUGCAGAGAAAGUCAACAAUAGGGGUCUCUGUGCCAUUGCUCAGGCAGAAUCACUGCGAUACAAGUUACUUGGUGGCCUUGCUGUCCGAAGGGCUUGCUAUGGUGUUCUGAGAUUUGUAAUGGAGAGUGGGGCCAAGGGAUGUGAGGUGAUUGUUAGUGGAAAGCUCCGUGCUCAGCGUGCCAAGUCCAUGAAGUUCAAGGAUGGUUACAUGAUUUCUUCUGGCCAACCUGUUAAAGAAUACAUUGAUGCAGCUGUUAGGCAUGUGCUACUUAGGCAGGGUGUGCUCGGUAUCAAAGUCAAGAUCAUGCUUGACUGGGAUCCCAAGGGUAAACAAGGGCCUAUGACUCCAUUGCCAGAUUUGGUGACUAUUCAUCCACCCAAGGAAGAAGAAGAGUUUGUUCCUCCUAUGAUAGCUGCUCCUGCAAUCGAGGUUCUUCCUAUGGCAUAAAAACCCGUGUUUUAUGAUGUUAUCUUCGGUCUUGAGAACUUCUGCACUAGCUGGCUUGUACUUUUAUUUAUUUUCCUUUCACUGCUGAAUACUAGAUUACAUAGUGAACCAUUCUGCUCUGUAGUUUCUGGUAUGUAAGAUGCUGGUAAGCAUUUUUGUUGAUCUUCCAUCUUCCUCA